AUGGAACUGCUUUCUUUCAAGGGUCUCGUUGACGACAUCGAUUCAUCUUACCGCAAUAGCAUAGUUGAUCACUUCCGCGAUCUAACAUCUUUACAUCAGAUUAUGGGACAAGCCUUGGAGGAAAUCCACGAUUCGAACAUGAGUCCUGUUACUCCUCUCAGCUUGCACGAGCUCUUGGAGAAGACAACCAAGCUUUCGUUAGAGAUGGGUCGUUGGCGUCACAACGCCCUGCCAUCUAGAAUCCUGGAGACUAUCGCAGACCGCGAUACCUGGUCGCCUGCUGACUUCAAAGCAUCUCGUCCCACGAUAUUGCUAGCGAUCUAUUAUUACCGAACGCAACUGAUGACAUGCGGGCCUCUUCUCGUGACUGUCCUGCGUUCAAUCACCAGAAAAUCACCAGAUUGCGAUUCAGAGCUCCUGCAAGAUAACAUUGCCGCUAUACUUAAAACCGAUUUCCAACAUGUAUCAGAACUCCACAGACUGAUCAGCGACAUUUUACACAUUCAAGAAUCGUUCUUUCAAGAGAAUGCGAUCUGGUGGACUUGCAACUACUGUGCUUUGACAAUCACGUUACACAUUUUUGGAUUCUGGCUGGCCUCAAAAUGCCAAGGCGCAAGAUUCAUUACGAAACAAUUUUCGUCUGUGAACUCAAUCGACGAGUUGUUGGAUGAAUGUUUGGACACUUUGAAGGCAAUUGGUGUGGCAAGUGCUAUGAGUAUCAACGCACAUCGCCGUAUAUUUCGAUAUGUCCAGCUGCUAAGAGAAAUGUCACUAGGACCAGGCGACCAAGCAACAGAACUCGAGCCAGUUGACACGAUCCCAACAGGUGCACGAGAGACUCCCAGCGGCCAAACACUAUUAACAACGGAGAAUGGCGAUUUGACCCGGCCCAGUUUCAUCUCAGAUGAUAGCAUUGACUUCUUUACACAGGUCAACGAACAUGACCUAAUCUAUGGGAACUGGUUAGGUCCAAACUUUGGGCCAAAUGAAUUUGAUGUGAUAGGAUACAUUUAA